AUGCGUGCCCUGAUUGCUCGCCUUGCCCCGUCCCCUAUAUCGCCCGCCUCAUCUCGCCAAGAUGCUAGAAAUAAUGUCAUCGGCAGCAGCAAGAUCUUUUGGCUGUGGUCCAAAAAUGAUGGGUUUGACCCCACGCAUCCGCCAACGACGGACUCUCCCUGCAUUCUCCCAAGAAUCUCUCUGGCCACGACUAAAGAAAAUGCGACGAUCGAUCCGGCUAAAACGGCGCUAGUUGUUGACUUGCAAAACUACUUCAUAUCCCCUCUCCUCGGUCGCCCGCGCGACAGUUUGGGACUGAAGGUGGUCGACAGGCUUUUAGACACCGUCAUACCCGCCUGCCGAAAGGCUGAGAUACCGAAAGAUGUGGAAGAGAUGCCGCCUAGCAUCGCAAGGGGCUAUCAAUUCGGGCUGGAUUCGAACUUCGAAGACGGUGGGUCAAGAGACCUCGGCGCGCUGGGCGACAACAUGGGUAAGUUGAAGCUUGAAGAUGGCACCGAGAUCGAGGCCGGCCGAGUGAUGACGCGCCAUCAGUGGAAUACGGCGUUCUAUCCAGCGCUGAUGGAAUCGGCUGAGCCGCAGGACAUGCGGUUCCACAAGAACCGCCUGUCCGGGACGCUGCCGUUUGUUGGCGGCAAUACCGACCAAUGUUUCCAGUCUACGAUGCAAGAUGCAUAUGCCAAGGGCUGGGACGUACUUACGCUUAGCGAUGGAUGCAGCACUAAAAGUCUCGAAUUUGCGACAAAGUGUAUCGAGUACAAUUGUGAGAAUUGAUGGGGCUC